GAUGCCGCUCGGGAGCGGCAGCGCCGUGUCAUUGUCCCGGCAGGUCCAGGGCACCGGCGGCAGCAGCGCCGUCAGCAAGUGCUCGGCGGCAGCGCGGGGCUACAUCCAGGACCGGUUCCUGCGGCUUUUGGCGGGGCGGCGGCGGCGGCGAGCGCCCCUUAUCCACCGGGGUUAUUACAUCCGUGCCCGUGCUGUCGAUCACUGUGUUCAGGACUUCCUGCUGAAGACACAAAACCUACCCAGGACACAGAUCCUGUCUUUAGGUGCUGGCUUUGAUUCCUUAUACUUCCGUUUGAAGGAUAUGGGUCUUCUGCAUCACACUGUGGUAUAUGAGGUAGAUUUCCCAAGUGUGGCAUGCCAAAAAGCUACGCUGAUCAAAGGAGUGAAAGAGUUGUCAGCACUGGUGGGAGACACUGGAGGGGAAAGAUCAGGAGCCAUUACCUUUUCUGGAGAUGAUUAUAAAUUACUGGGAGUGGAUUUAUCAGAGCUGUCUGAGCUGGAGAGAAUCCUGGAGGAAGCAGGACUGAACAAUGAAAUCCCCACCCUCUUCAUCGCCGAGGUGGUGCUCACCUACAUGGAGAGCACCAGGUCAGAUGCCUUGAUCCAGUGGGCAGCAGAGCAUUUCCCUCAGGCGUGCUUCCUGCUGUAUGAGCAGGUGCACCCAGAGGACCCCUUUGGACGUGUCAUGCAGCAGCAUUUCAGGCAGCUGAGCACUGCGCUGCGCUCGCUGGCACAGUACCCUGACUGCCAGGCUCAGCAGAGGCGCUUCCUGGGGAAGGGCUGGACUGAGUGCAGUGUCAUGGAUAUGAAUGAGUUUUUCACCUGUUGUAUUCCAGAAGAUGAGCAGCAAAGAGUGCAGACUCUGGAGCCUUUUGAUGAGUAUGAGGAAUGGCACCUGAAAUGUUCUCAUUACUUUGUGUUGGCUGCAUCAAAGGGGAUGGAACCUUCCUGGACUCCGUUGUCACCCAGUGUGACAGUUCCUCGUCACGCUGGUCCUGUUGGGAUGGCAGGGAGUGUUCCUGCAGCAGUGUGUGCAAGGCUGUCAGGAAUUCCUGGCCUGAGACGUUACGGUCACCACUCUGUUCUUAUAAAGCCCAACAUGAUUCUCACCACGGGAGGCUUUGGGGAGGAGGGUGGACAACACUGCCGCGUGAGAAAUUUCCACGUGCUGAGUAAGCAUGCAGGCCACUGGGAAGCUGUCUGUGUGACACAGAAUAUUCCUGAUAAAAGAUGGGGUGAGAGGUUGUACCAUACUGUGUCUUGUCUCUCGGACACUCUGGCUCUGGUGCUAGGAGGACGAACAUCCCCAUCGGGCACAGGCUUGGGAAUGUUGUGGCUGAAGUUCCCCAAAACCUGUGGUGCUUCAGGCCCGGAUGAUGUUGCAGUGGAGCUUGUAAGUCUGCAGCCUGCUGCUGAAGCAGCAGCUUUGCGUUGGAGACACAGCACAACUGAAAUUACAUUCAAAGGUGAGCAGUACUUGUUUGUGUAUGGUGGCCGCUCUGCUCUGGAGCCUGUGCUCGGCGAUUGGCAUUUCCUGCACGCUCCAGAACUCUCCUGCACUGCGAUUACUGUUGAGGGUCCAGUCCCAGAAAGCCGCCACUCUCACAGUGCCUGCAGCUGGGAAGGAGGUGUUCUGAUUGCAGGAGGUCUGGGAGCAGCUGAGCAGCCCUUGGGUUCAGUUUUCCUUCUGAGGGAGCUUGAACAUGGCUUUCAGUGGCAGACAAUAGAGACACACCCUCCUCUUGUCCCAAGGUAUUCACAUACUGCACAUGUGCAUGAAGGAAAGCUUCUGCUUGUUGGUGGAGUGUGGUUUCAUGCAUCCUCUGUGCCAGGUGUCACUGUCAUCCACUUAAUGACUGGUCUCUGCUUGAACUAUGUGAUUAAUGUGGAGCACCUGGAGUGGCCAUUAAUGCUACAUAAUCAUAGCAGUGUCUUUCUGCCACAUGAGAAGGAGCUGUUGGUUAUAGGCGGUGGUGGAAACUGCUUCUCCUUUGGGACACACUUGAACCCAGAGCCUGUCUUGCUGAGCCUCAGCAGCAUCCUGACCAGCCACUGAGUAGGACCAAGCAGGGCUGAACCCUGCUACUGCUCUGUGGGGACACAUCUGUUCACUCUAGGUCCAAAAGCAGCACAACAUUUCCACAAAGGCUUUGUAUCCAGAAUGCAUUUGUGAAGGUGGGAUCAGGAGCGACAGUUACAGCGAGGGAUUCACACCUCACUGGCUGUUGUGUUUUUACAGCUCUUUGUGUUGCUGUAAAUAAAGUGCCUCAAAAGCUGGCAGCAGUAGUCCUUAGAGGUGAAGAACAGUGUGGUUUGGGUUGGAAGGCACUGUAAAGAUCAUCCUGUUCUACCCCCUGCUAUGGGUAUGGAAACCUUCCACUAGACCAAGUUACUCCAAGCCCCAUCCAACCUGGCCGUGGACACUGUCAUGGAUUGACCCUGGCACAGUGCUAGUGCCCCCAUGAAAGGGCCCAAAACUGAACAUAGGAUUCGAAGUCCGAACUCACCAGUGCCCAGCACAGGGGCAUGAUCACUGCCCUUGUGUCUUGGAGGCUCAUGAAACUGAGACAAAUCAUCUGUUCAAAAGAGAUCUAUUUUAUGAAGCAGUUAGCCUCCUCCUGCUCCCAGCAAUUACAGAUCCAACAACAACUGAAAACAGGUUCAUGAUGUCAAAUGAAAUUGUUACCACCUGACUGACUUAAAGAAUCCUGAAGGUUUCAGCAGGGCACUGUGGAAUGUGUGGCAGCAAGGGCUCUCCAUUGGCCUCCUGUGGGCUCCUUGAUAUCCAGAAGGGGGAUCUGAGUGCCCCAGGAUAACACACAGAGGGCUCUGUCUGCCCCACACUGUCACAAAGGGAUUUCUGACUGCCCCACACUGUCACAAACAGGGCUCUGGCUGCCCCAUGAUGUCACACAGGAGACUCUGCCAGGCUACAAAAGGGGCCCCACAGGAGCAGACAGUGCUGGGCACCACAGCCUGGCACUGUCCCGGCAGACAACAGCCUCAGCCUCUGUCACCCCAGCAGGUUGGAUUCCCCUCACUGGGAUCCUGCAGGUCUCUGGGGAGCCUCUUCACCAGCCUGUGCCAGUGACAGGGACGGUGCCAUGGCCUUCCUCAACAUCUUCACCGUGGGUGAGCUGGUGGCAAUCACGAUGGUGGUCCUGCAACUCAUCCUGGUCAUUGUCAUGCUACGGGACAAGUGUCUAUGGAGGAUCCGUCAGAACCCAAAGCAUCCGAGCGCAGCGAGAGGCCGGCUGGAGGGGCAGAGCAGUGUGGGCAGCGCACGGGGAUCAGCACAGACGGGGCUGCCCCGUGGCAGCUCCCCACACGGUUCCGUGAGCUCCAGGAGGCGUUUCCCCAGGUUCAUCCGGAGCUGCCAGGACUCCCAGGCGCUCUUCGAGGAGCACCGCAAGGAGCUGGAGGCACAGCUGUCCCAGUGGCGAUGGGGCCGGGGGAGCGGCAGGGUGGUCCAGGCUGAUGUGCAUGUUACGCCGAGGCUGCUGGGGGCCAGAGAGCAUCGCCAGUGCCUUGAAGUGGAGUUGGCAAGGCCAGACAUGUACAAGGUGACAGAAGAGAACAAACCUAAGGACAUAAGACGAUGCAGUAGCAACAGCUCCGUGAUGCUGCAGCGCAGAAGAUCUGUGACGAUUGCCAGGUUGCUCCCUAGACUAGUGGUGAUCAUGAAUCCCAUUGUAUUGGAAAGCAGCUGCAGCAGCAGCAGCAGCAGCAGCUCAGUGGAGCUGGAAUACAGCACCAGCACUGCUGCUGGAAGGUUCCUGGGGCAGCUUCAUGCCCACCUUCGGAGAUACCUGGAAGCCUGGCAGACGCGCCAUGGGCAGUGCCGAUGGUGCUUCAGCAUCCGCUUGAAGCCUCAGUGGUGGCGGCGGUGCUGGACUCAGUUGAGAAAAAGGGUGUAGUAAGAAUGAGUAGUCAGGGAUGGGGUAGGGGAGAAGGGGGUUUCAGGAACUGCCUGGGACAGCGCACUCCCUGAGCCUCUACAGAUCCCCCUAUAGAGUCUUCCUGUCCUCUGGCAGAUCCUUUACAAUUUGGCUGAGCGUCUCCUCCAAGUCAUUGGUAGAAACAGGACUGGUCUCAGUGCUGCCCAGUGGAGCCCCACUGGUGACUUGAUAGCAGCUGAAUUAAACUGUCCCCUACCACUCUCUGAGUCUGGCCAUCCAGACCCUUUUUUACUGUGAACAGUGGACCUGUCCAAGCCAUGGGCAGCCAGUUUCUCCACAAGAAUGCUUUGGGGAAUGGUGUCAAAGGCUUAAUAAAGGCCCAGGUAAACAU